GUAGAAUCAGUUUCAAGUUCUAGUUAUUUAUAUUUGGAGCAAGAUAUCAAUAAUAUUAAAAAUAAUAAAAGUAGUUAUAGCGAGCAAAGUGAACAAAGCAAUCAAGAAGAAAAUAGUAAACCAGGUAGUGCUUAUUAUAAUGAGCUUAAUGAAAAAAAUGAAAAAGAUGUGAUCGAUGAUUCAAUUCAAGAAAUUUUUAAAAUUGUUUUCAUUAACGAUUUCUAA